AUGCCAAAACCCAGAGAUGGGUCACCAAGAGAUGAUGGGCACUUUCCGCCCAAACCCAAACUCAGAGAUGGGUCGAGCGAUGAUGAUGGGCACUUUCCGCCCAAAAAAAGCUACUCCAGAGCCGGCUCGCACCCCAACGGAGCGGGAGCCGAUCUCCCGCCCAAACCGCACCCCAGGGAUGGCUCGCAACCCAAUGGAGCUGAUGGGCACUUCCAGGGCAAACCGCUCCCAUCGCCUUCCAAGAAGACCAAAGCCGCGGCGCUGUACCAGCUGCUGCAGCGCCUCAGCCCGGAGCGGCGGCGGAGUCUCAUCGAGCGCAGCUUCUCGCAGCGGCAGCGCCUGGCCUUGGAGCGCUGGAUCCUGGACGCCAGGCCCAGCCCCAGCCCAGCGAGAGGUGUGCGCAGAAAGCGCAGCGCCGAGCCAAUGGACAAGGCGUGUCAAGGCAGAGGCGUGCAUUGCCGCGUGCACGGCGGAAGGCGGCUGUAUCGCGCACAUGCCGCGGUGGGUCCCUUCAGCGUGGCGUCUCGCUAUGAUGCCAAGCGUGCCACUGCCGAGCGCUUCCGGGACGUCCUGGCGGCCAUGGCCCGGCGCGUGGCGAAAGCCCGCUGCGCGGAGGAGGUGGAAGAGCUGUUCCGGCGGGCGCUCGUGGAGGAGCCCAGGAAAUGGGGCCUCAACGGGCGCGAGGACAUGCGCCUGUGCUUCACAGCCUCCGUUCCGGCCAAGCAUUGGGUAGGAAGGUCGCUGGCCACGCCGCGCUUCGGCCUCACGGAGCUGGACCUGGGGCUCCAGGCCUGGCAGCGGCUCACGCAGGCGCGGAGCGACUUGAAUAUGCGAGCGCCUUUCCAACAAACGCACGACUCUGAACGAGCAUGGCUCUCCUUGAGUCAGGCCUACGUGGAUGUUUGGGCCGGCCAUGGGCGUUCCGUUGCAGCGAAGCUCUCCGCUUUGCGAGUGCGCCGCUUGCGGGCCACCCGGAAGGCCUGGCGAGCAUCGAGCGUGCCACGUGAGUACUUGCCAUCGCUCGCGGUGCUGGGUGUAUUCCUGACGCGGGUGCUGUUAUGGGACUACAAGCAGGAGCUGGGAUUUGCGCAAGAUGUUCUGAAGAAGAGCUUGAGCUGGGACUCGCUUCUCCUCGGGGAGAAACAGGAAGAUGCGAUUGCUUCUCGAGUAGCGGAAGGACGCCUGAAGGUUUUCAAGGCCAUGACCACAUUCUGGGCGAUUGCGGCAGAUCUGCUGCUCUCGCUGAUCUGUGUUUUGCCACAGCUGGGCAGUACAGACUUCGAGGCGUCGCCACAGUUUUGGAGCUGCCUCGUUGCUGCGAUUACACUGCGUUAUUGUGCCCGUCCUGCUGUGGCUCUCACCGACGCCACCAUGCAGCGUGUGGGGAUACUCUUAAACCUGCUUGCGCUCGGCAUAGGUAUUGGUGUAUCCAGGCAACUUCAGCCCGCGCUUGCUGCUGGCCGAAUUCUUAUUGGAAUCAUGUCCCUAGACCCUAUCCGCACCUCGGUGACGAACAUCGUGCUUUCGCCGCUGUACAUUUGUGUGGCCAUGGCAAAGGAGCCCAGCUGCGACCAGUCCUGCAUGUCGUCGAGCAUAGCUUCUGAAGUGUUUGUGGUGAUACAGAUUGCCUUGGUUUGUCUGCAGUUGGAUUGGUCUUUACGGAAUAGGGAGGCCGUGAACAUGCGGCUGGAGGCCAACGGCCGAGACGUUGAGAUCUCUUGCAAUGCCGCCCACAGGAUUCUGACCGCAGCCUGCGAUGCCUGUGUGCAGUUGACAUCAUCCUACGAGAUUGUGCAGCCGCAGCAGGCAUUUUGUCACCUCGUUGGGGAGAGCAUGCUUGAAGGCCGAUCGAUGCUGGACUUCAUCCAUCCGUCUGAUCAGCAGAGAUUCCUGGAUGCCAUGAACCACUCGGAACCCUCAGCGAACGCGCUGGCUCUGGAGCUGGUCGGUCCCCGCGCGCAGUCUUGCGACGCACAGAUCUACCACGCGCGACUGCAUGCACUCGGCGUGGAGCAUCUCCUCGGCGUUGUCGUCACACAGACGGAGUCGAUGUGGAGAGCAUACUCCAACACCUCCAACGACCACAGCUCCAACUCCCAUAGCUCCAGGGGCUCAGGUUGCGACCUUAUCAGGCAGCUCUUGGAGCAGCGCCAGGAGAAUGAAGCCCUCAAGGCGACGUGUGCUCAGGAUGAGUGGGUCCCUUUGGACGGCCUCGACUCGGUGAGCCUGGUCAUUGAUGCCACUGACAUACACGCAGGCUUCAUGAUCAAAGCCGCGCAAUUUCACUUUGGCGGGAGCGGUCAAGAUUGCCCGAAUUUGAUGGAAUGGGUGGCGGAGAAGAAUCAGGAGACGAUGUAUUGCUGGAUUCAGGACCACGUGAACGCCUUUGCCCAGGGGCAGUCUUGCGCUACUCCGCUGGAGACCGUGCACAUGCUGCACCCUCAAAACGGGCUGCUCCGGGUGGGCGAGGUGACCGCUGUCACAGUAGCGAAUGCCGAGAGAGGUGAAGAAUCUGAGGAUGGCAGCUCCGGCAAGAGCGGCUCCUCCGAGAGCCUGGAGCGGGAGGCACUGACUGCACCGAACGGGACAAUGCCAUCCAUGGCCUCGGAAAAGACUUGCAAGUGA